UGCAAACUCGGCGGCGACUCCUCCCAGAACGGGAACUCGUCGCCGACUCUUAUACAAAAAGGCAAGCGUACAUAAGAAACAACAUCGGAGAGGGAGAGAGGAGAGAGAGAGAGAGAGAGAGGUGGCGCCCAUGGCGUUGGAGACGACGACCCCUUCUCCCUCGCCCUCCUCCUCCCUCUCUUCUUCGUCCUCUUCCUCUCUCAAUCGCUUCCACAGGAUCGUCCUCAGCUGGGACUACCUCCGCCUCGUCGCUGAAUCCAAAAAGAAGAAUGCGCCGGAGGAUCUGAAGCCGGUGAAGAACACCUACAAGGACGUCGACGACUACCUCAGAGUCUUCGAACCCCUCCUCUUCGAGGAGGUCAAGGCGCAGAUCGUCCAAGGACGAGACGAAGAAGAUGAAACGGACUGGCAGAAGGGGGCAGUUGCUUCUUAUACUGAAUCAGAUGGGUUUCAUAAGGUAUCAAUGGCUGUUCUCGAUGAUUUCCGUGAAGAAGUAUCUGAGAAUGAUCUCUUGCUCUUGUCGAAGGAGAAGUUUGAAGAGGGUGCAACGCCGACUGCAUAUGCUUUUGCAUUGGUUGAAAAUCGAGGUGGUAGAGAAACUCUUGCACUUCGAACCUUUCUCACAGGUGAGGUGAAGAAACUUCGUAAAGCUGAGCCUGAGCACAGCCCAAGGUUGCUUCGGAUGUUCUCUAUUUUAAAGACAACAGAGAGCUUCUUGUGGAUCCUAAGAAUUUGCAGCUUAUCAACUAUAAUGCGCGAAUACGUGGCACUGCAUUCUAUCGUUUCUCUUCCUUUCAAGGACAUGAUAUUAUCAGCUAGAGAAAAUUCAAAUGAUGUGGAUGUUGAAGAUCGGACCUGGAAUGUGCCUAGACCAUUGAUGAACCACUUUAAAACCUACCUUAAUCCUUCACAAUUAGAUGCCAUACACGCAGGUCUUUCACGUAGAUCCUUUGUUCUCAUUCAGGGUCCGCCAGGAACAGGAAAAACACAAACAAUUCUGGGACUUCUUAGCGCCGUUCUUCAUUCAGCUCCUGCAAGAGUGCAAUCUAAAAGUGGAUUACCUGCUGGAAAACAUAGAGCAGAACUUCAAAUUGAGGACAGGUAUUCUCAGUGGACUAAAGCAUCUCCUUGGCUGGUUGGUGGAAACCCAAGAGAUUUUAUUAUGCCCGUUGAUGGUGAUGAUGGUUUCUUUCCUACUGGAAAUGAAUUGAAACCUGAAGUUAUAAGUUCUAACCGGAAAUAUCGGGUUCAUGUGUUGGUCUGUGCCCCAUCCAACUCUGCACUUGAUGAGAUAGUGUUGCGCGUUCUACGAACAGGUAUUCAUGAUGAAAAUGACCAUGUGUAUAACCCAAAAAUUGUGCGGAUAGGCCUAAAGCCUCACCAUUCUGUGCGAGCUGUAUCAAUGGAUUACCUUGUAGAGCAAAAACUUGCUGGUGUGGAUCGCUUGGCUGGCAAUGUGAAACAAGGAUCUGGAGGAGCCUAUCGGGAGCGGAUCCGUGCUUCGAUUCUUGAUGAAGCAGCAAUUGUUUUUUCAACUCUCAGUUUCAGUGGAUCGUCUCUUUUCAGCAGAAUGAAUCGCGUGUUCGAUGUAGUUAUAAUUGAUGAAGCUGCACAAGCUGUGGAACCGGCAACUCUUGUACCUUUGGUGCAUGGAUGUAGACAAGUUUUUCUUGUAGGUGACCCAGUUCAGUUGCCGGCAACUGUUAUUUCUCCAACUGCUGGGAAAUUUGGAUAUGGAACAAGUUUGUUCAAAAGGUUCCAGGAAGCUGGAUUUCCUGUACAGAUGCUCAAUGUUCAAUAUCGCAUGCAUCCGAAGAUCAGUAUAUUCCCCUCAAAAGAAUUCUACGGUGGUUCUUUGCAAGAUGGAGACUCAGUAGACAGAAAAUGCUCGUGGCAUGAAUACUGCUGCUUUGGUCCUUUCUGUUUUUUCGACAUAAAAGGGGCUGAGACUCAGCCAUCGGGAAGUGGGUCUUGGGUGAAUGAGCAAGAGGUUGAAUUUAUAGUUGCCUUAUACUAUAAGUUGGCAACACUUUAUCCAGAGCUUCGAUCCAGUUCUCUAGUAGCGAUUAUAUCGCCUUAUAGGUACCAGGUGAAGCUUCUAAGGGAGCAUUUCAGGGCUACUUUUGGGGAGCAGUCUGAUCAGGUUGUGGAUAUUAAUACUGUUGAUGGAUUCCAAGGAAGGGAAAAGGAGGUGGUCAUCUUUUCAUGUGUCAGAGCAAAUGAGGGGAAAGGGAUUGGAUUUGUUUCUGAUUUUCGACGUAUGAAUGUCGGCAUCACGAGAGCAAGAUCAGCUGUCUUGGUUGUUGGUUCUGCUUCUACUUUGGUCCAAGAUGAUCACUGGGGCAACCUAGUUAAAAGUGCAAAAGAUGAUAAUUGUUUUUUCGAGGUGUGUUUUCCGUACUUUCUCAAAUCUUUUAUAUUACUUAUUAGUGCUUGUUUGGCCCGGCUUCUGGAACAUCUUCCCUACUCCAGAAUGCAGAAGCUUCCAAAAGUCCGGCGUUCGGAAAAAAAACAAAAAGAAGUUUAGAGCAUUUGCUGUGAA